GGAAGUUUGUAUUUGAAAAAAAAUAUAUAAUUUUGUUCAAUGCAAAACAGCAACAAGCUGUUUUAAUUUUUGUUGUUUUUUUCCAUUUAACUAAAUUGUGUCGGUAGAAGUGAAUUUUGUUAUUUAUUUUUCCGUAAUCAAUCUCAACCUCAACAUCAUCGAAUCGUAUUUGUGCGUGUGAUUUUUGUUUUUUCUCAAUAUUCACGCACACAUCAAAAUUUUAUGUAAAAUCAAAAUCAAAUUUCUUUUAGUUAAACGACAAUCAAGUUGGAAUCAUCGAAUCAAUCUGAUCAAUCAACCAACCAAUCAACCAACAAUUAUGACAAAUAUUGACGAACAACAACAACAACAACAAAAUAAUAAUGAGCUUUCAACGGUCGAUGUCAAAACAAGCAACUGGAAAGGUACAUUGAUCUCCAUUCUAGUUAUAGUAUUAUUGUCUUCAGCCAUUAUUUUGGCUAUUUAUUUAAUCAAUCCUGAUAUUCAAAAUAAAUUUAUCACUGAAACCCGAGAAAGACUUAAGUUAGAAGAAUUAUUACAUGGAAACUAUACGAUACAGCCAACAUUUAAUGGAACAUGGAUUAGUGAUACAGAGAUUACAUUCAUAUCAUCGGCCGGUGAUUUUGCCCUAUAUGAUGUCCGUAACGAUAAAACGGAUAUUAUUAUCUAUGCCAGGAUUAUGAAACAACAUGAAGUAGAUCGAGCUAUAUUGUCACCAAAUCGUCAAUAUGUUUUACUUAUCAGUCAUAUCAAGAAUUUAUUCCGCCACAGUACUUUGGCCCAUUAUAAAGCUUACAAUCUAUCAAAUGAUAAUAUUAUCAAUAUAAGACCACAUGAAGCAAACAGUGAUGCCAGUUUACAGGCAGCCGAAUGGGGUCCAAAAAAUGCCCAAUUAGUUUUUGUAUUCGAAAAUAAUAUCUAUUAUAUGCCCGAUCCAAACGAAAGUCAAACAUAUCGUAUAAGUCAUGAUGAUGAUCGUUACAUCUAUAAUGGAAUACCCGAUUGGAUCUAUGAGGAAGAAAUUUUAGCAACGAGUACAGCAUUUUGGUGGUCAAAAGAUGGCAAACGUCUAGCAUAUGCUCGUUUUAAUGAUAGUAAAGUUGAGAUACAAGAAUAUCCAUGGUAUGGAGAUCAAGUUGAUGUUGAAUCACAAUAUCUUGGCGCGAUAAAAAUUAAAUAUCCAAAACCAGGAACGACGAAUCCAACCAUAACAUUACACAUGGUUGAUCUGGAGAAUUCCGAUUUUAUUCCAUAUGAAGUUUUACCUCCAUUUGAGAUAACAAAACAUAGUGAUUACUAUUUAACAUCAGUUGCAUGGGCUGAUCGUGAUUGUCUGAUUGCCGUAUGGAUGACACGUGAACAAAAUUAUGCUUCUUAUUCAUGGUGUUCACCAUCAUCAUCCGAAAUUGAUCGUAUAUGGAAAUGUCAAGAAAGUUUUCACAAAGAACUUCGAAAUGGAUGGGUUGAAAUUUCAGCUGUACAUGUUGACCAAAAUGGCCAGAAUUUUUACACAUUACAUAGCGAUGAUAGCUCGGAACAAUUUGUACAAAUUAUCAAAGUUAAUAUUAAGACUUAUGAAAAAAGUUUUAUCACAUCUGGCAAACGUGAUGUGACAAAAAUAUUAAAAAUCAUUCCAUUUUAUGAUAAUGAUGAUGGUGAACACAAUAAAAUAUAUUAUUUAGCAACCAGAAUAAAUAAACCGGGUGAACGACAUGUAUAUAAUGUUGUGGAUAAAUCCAAAUGGAUGAUUACAACAAAUCGAAACAACAACAACAAUGAUAAUAAUAAUAAUAAUACAACAAAGUGCAUUACAUGUGAUCAAAUCGAGCUUAAUCAAUGUCUAUAUAAUCGUUUAACAUUUAGCCAUAAUGGUACAUAUUAUAUACGAGAAUGUCUUGGACCAAAUAUUCCAUAUUCAACAUUACAUAGAUUAAAUGAUGAUGAUGACCAUAAUUAUACACGUCAAUGGGAAAUGAAUGAAAAAUUAAAAUUGACAUUGAGUAAAAAAUUAUUACCAACAAUUGUUACGGAGAUUAUCAACCGAACUGAUUAUGUUUUGAUUGUUCAAAUGUUUUUGCCUCCAUCAUUUAAACCGGAUAGUAUUGUAAAAUAUCCAUUAUUAAUACAAGUAUAUGGUGGUCCAGGAUCACAAAAUGUGAAUGAAAAUUUUAAAAUGAAUUAUGGUAAAUUUCUUGCCGGUAGUACGGAAAUUAUCUAUGCAUAUGUAGAUGGAAGAGGUAGUGGAUUUCAAGGUGAAAAAAUGAAACAUUAUUUAUUUCAUCGAUUGGGCACAGUCGAAAUUGAUGAUCAGAUUAUUGCUGCCAGAUAUCUUCGAGAUAAAUAUAAUUUUAUUAAUCGUGCUGCUAUCGGUAUUUGGGGUUGGAGCUAUGGAGGUUAUGCUACAACUAAAAUUUUACUCAGAGAUCAAAAUGAUCCAGUGUUUGCCUGUGGAAUAUCGGUAGCACCAGUUACAUCAUGGCUUCUAUACGAUUCGGCUUACACGGAACGUUAUAUGAGUUUACCAACAAAUAAAACAAUGGAAAAUUAUCAAACAUCAUCAGUAAUGUAUGAUGUAAAUCAUUUACAGGAUAUAAAUCAUAUGCAUGGUAAAAAAUUUCUAUUAAUUCAUGGAACAGCAGAUGAUAAUGUACACAUACAGAAUUCAAUGGUUCUUAUCAAAGAAUUGAAUAAAAAAAAUAUAAUAUUUAAUACACAAAUUUAUCCGGAUGAAAAUCAUGGACUACCAAGUGUCAGUAUACAUCUUUAUCAAACAAUGACCAAUUUUUGGAAUGAUUGUUUUAAAUCUGAUUCAUUUGUUGAAGAAAUUGGAUUACGAAGACGACGUGUUUCAAAAAAUUCCAACGAUGAAUAAUAGAAUCAUCUAUUUAUAAUAAACGAAAAUAUUUAACCAAGUUCCAAAGUCAUUUAUAAAUGAAUUUUCAUAUGCAAAUGUGAGCAACAAAA